AUGCGGCUUCAAUCAUUACUUAUUUGUGCCUUUCUGACGGGAAUUUCUCUAGCCGAGACGUUUAGUCAUGUGGUUAAGUCAUUGGGCUCGAAUGGACCAGUUAAGGUGACAGACAAUAACUACCAGGAGGUAAUGGCCAAUGAAGACUACUCUCUUGUUCUCUUCAUCACAGCUUCGAGCCCUAGAAUUGGAUGUGUUCUUUGUACUGAGGUAAUGCCAAAGUAUUCUCAGUUGGCUUCUUCAUACUAUAAAAACUUAAGGGCUUCAGGAGUAUUGAAUGUCAAGGACGAUGGCCUGAAAAACGAGGACUUGGAGUUGAACAAGUCCAAGUUUGUGAUCGCCUAUGCGGAUCUCAGCGAUGCACCUGAAUUUUUCAAAAUUUUGGGUAUCAACAGUGUUCCUAAGGUCUAUUACUAUGAUCCAAGAAAGGCCAUGGAUGCUGCUAAUCCUACUGAUCAAUAUCGAUUCGCUGGUGAUGAUAUACCACAGAGGAUGAGCGGUUGGAUCAUGUCGCAUUCCAGUAAAUCGGACCCAGAGCUAUUUCAUAUCAUUGAAACUCCUGACUAUCAGUCCAUGAUGGCUAAUGUGUUUGCUUUUCUUGUUGCUUUGUUUGUUCUCUACAAGAAGUCUGACAGACUUAUGCAAGUCGUGUUCAACAAAAAGCUCUGGAGGGCCUGUUGCAUGAUUCUUGUUAUCUUACUAUGUUCUGGCUACAUGUAUAAUCGAAUUAGACAAACGGAGUUUACAGGACAUACUCAAGAAGGUUUGCCUGUGUAUUUUGCUCCUUCACAACAGUCUCAAUAUGCUGCAGAGACUCAGAUUGUCUCCGUCAUUUAUGCUUUCGCUGCUGUCGGCGUGAUUGUGAUUGCAGAUACCGUAAAUAGAGCCGUGAAUCCUAAGCAUAGAUUUAGUAUUAUAGUUGUUUGCUUGGUGGUGGUCUACUUUGCUUAUGCCUACUUGAUGGCUUGUUUUAAGGCCAAGAAUCAAGGCUAUCCAUUCUCUCUUAUGAGUGUCUUUUAA